AUGGAGUCCGAAAUCGAAAAGAUAUCGCCAUUCUGGCUCAUCACAGCCUUCAUCUUCAUUCCAGUGGGUGUCUACCAGCUGUUGAACUUGCUCAGUCCGUUCGUCAACAACCUCACUGCAAUGACGAUAUCCGAGAUAUACGUCUACCCGAUCAAAUCCCUGCGAGGCGUCAAACUCACCGAAGCCGUCGGCACAAAAUACGGCUUCAAACAUGACCGAACAUUCAUGCUCCUCGAAGUCACGCCCACGGGGCACAAAAACAUGGCCGUCUCCCGCUACCCAGCCAUGACGCAAUUCCUGACCGAAAUCACCGGCCACAACACCACCAGCGGAACAAUAACAAUCACCUACCGCGCCUACGGCGACGCACAAAAGGCAAAAACGCUCACCAUCCCCCUAACCCCCAACACCGAAAAACUACCCCCCUUCGACGUAAAACUCCACGAAAGUAAAGUCACAGCCCUGAAAAUGCCAGACGAACACAACGCCUGGUUCUCCUCCUGCUUCGGCUUCGACGUCGUGCUCGUGUACCUCGGCGCGAACAAACGCGCCGUCCUAUUCCAAGACAUGCAGCCCCGCGACCCCACUCCCCUUUCCCUCUUCAUACACAAAUACAUCCCCCUCGCGUCCCCCUACCUAACCCGCCUCACAGGCGGCCCCCCACAAACAGCACAACACAGCAUAACCUUCGCAGACUGCGCGCCCUACCUCAUCACCUCCCAGACCUCCCUGGCCGACAUAUCCUCCCGCCUCCCCCCCGGCUCAGAAAUGCAAAUGAGUAAAUUCCGCCCCAACAUCGUGCUCUCAGGCGCGUUUGAGCCGUACGAGGAGGACUACUGGGGCAGUAUCCGUAUCAACCACGCCGUGGAAAUGGUCAUGGCGCAUAAUUGCCCGCGGUGCCAGAGUAUUAAUAUCGAUUAUGAGACGGGGAAGCAGGGUACGGGGCCGGAGGGGCAGGUGCUGAAGAGGAUGCAGCAUGAUCGCAGGAUUGAUGCGGGGUCCAAGUGGAGUCCGGUGUUUGGGCGGUAUGGGUUUUGGGAUGCGCGGGGGAGGGACGUGGUGGUUAGGGUGGGGUAUAGGGUGAAUGUUACGAAGGUUAAUCCGCGGUUGACGGUUUGGAGUUGGGAUAACGUGGAGUGA